AUAUGGGUAUGGAUUCCCGGGCGCGUGGACGGUGCAGCGUGUAGCUGCUCUCUGGGAGCAGCUGCUAUCUCUCAGGCGCGAUGCAGCAUGCAGCCCCUGCAGACGCUGUGCUCCAGUCACUCUGCAAAGCGAGUCUCUGAUCGCCACCCUGGGCGAAGGGCUAGAAAGUGUGGAAGAGGAAAGCCGGCUCUGCUCGUCCUCCAGACUAGCUCGGAAUGAGCCGCUGCUGUGAUGUGCAAGAUGUCUUUCAAGAGGGAAACACCGCUCGCAAAUGCUGCAUUCUGGGCUGCAAGGAAAGGAAACCUGGCUCUUCUUCAGCUGUUGUUGAACAGUGGGCGAGUAGAUGUGGACUGCAGAGACAGCCUUGGCACAACAGCUCUGAUGGUAGCUUCUCACUAUGGUCACAUAGAAUGUGUGCGGGAAUUGGUGUUACAAGGAGCAGAUAUCAAUCUGCAGAGAGAGUCAGGCACAACUGCUCUGUUCUUUGCUGCACAACAAGGCCACAAUGAUGUUGUGAGGUUUCUCUUUGAAUUUGGCGCCUCUACUGAAUUUAGAACUAAGGAUGGCGGUACUGCUCUGUUAGCAGCAUGUCAGUAUGGCCACACACGAGUGGUGGAAACUCUAUUGAAGCAUGGUGCCAACAUACAUGAUCAACUUUGUGAUGGAGCUACUGCACUUUUUCUGGCUGCCCAAGGAGGUUAUCUGGAUGUCAUCAGAUUAUUGUUAUCUUCAGGAGCAAAGGUCAACCAGCCAAGGCAGGACGGGACAGCUCCUUUGUGGAUAGCAUCUCAGAUGGGUCACAGCGAGAUAGUGAGGGUAAUGCUGCUCCGGGGAGCUGAUCGAGAUGCCACACGGAACGAUGGUACCACCGCUUUACUUAAAGCUGCUAACAAAGGGUAUCAUGACGUUAUAGAGGAAUUACUCAAAUUCUCUCCUGCACUUGGCCUGUUGAAGAAUGGGACUUCUGCUCUCCAUGCGGCCGUGCUGGGUGGCAACAUUAAAGCAGUAGCACUACUUUUGGAAGCAGGAGCAGAUCCUUCUCUUAGGAACAAGGCAAAUGAACUGCCAGCAGAACUAACACAAAAUGAACGCAUCCUCCGGCUCCUCCGAGCAAAAGAAAAGCACAGGAAAAGCUAACCCAACUACUGUGUUGGAUGUGGUUUGACAGAGAGGAGUCGUGUCCACGUUGGCACUAAAGCAAAUCUGGUUUUUAAAAUGGCUUAUUGAAUCUGUUUGCAGAAUUGAUUUAGCAUGUCCAAGAUACCAUUCUGUGAACAAGGUCAGCCUUCAACACAGAGCAGGGGGUGCACUAAAGCUUCAGUUUUGCACCAUUAAACCUAACAGGAGUUUUGCCAUGGGCUUCAGUGAGAGCAAGAUAGGGCCCUAAAGGCCUGUUUGCACCACAGCCCUGUCUAUACUUGAAAAUUCCAGCAUUCCCAUAAAUCCUAAAAUGUGUGUACUACACCUUAUAGCCACAAACAAAUGCUCCAACCAUUUCGCAGGCAUUCCCACUAUUGUUAUGACUGCACCAGCUGAUAUCAAGUCUUAAUGCCUCUUUGUGCACCUGUUCAGUUUGAACCAUUCAGCUUGUGUAGGUGGGAAGCACAGAUGUUCCAGCUGCACUGGUUCAAUUAAUCUCCUCAGCACAGUCUCAUAAGGCUUCAACGCACCCUUCAGGCUUUGGCAGUUUGGAGACCAGGCUAUGUCCACCUUCCUCCCUGCUGCCAUUCCAUGCAGGCCUGAGAGAAAGCUGAGGGGUGCUCAUCUGGUCUCAGCUGUGCCCAAUAACUCCUUCCCUGUUUGCAGCCACGUGUAGGGCAGGAAUAUAGGACACAAACCAGCCUAUUUAAAUCAAAACUUUAAUUAGAACAAGGAAUUUUUUAUUGGCUAGUAGGAAAAUAACCCACAACACAAUGGGGAAAAGUUAGGGAGCGCAAACAUCACUGCAUCUACACACCCACACUAGAAACCUCAGUUACAUAUGUAAUGGACUACCUUACUCUGGAGUUGGCAUGGAUCUGAGGUAACUGUUUCAUCUGUAUCUCAUAUUUGCUUGAGACCUGAAAAGGGACUUAAGUGAAAACAUAUCCCAGGCUACCCCACCCCCAUCCCAAGUAAAUCCUAGUUCUCUUGCUUACGAGCGGGGGGGGGGGGGGGGUAAGUAAAUUCUGGUUCUCCCCACUAUCCUUGAGGAUCAGAACAUCUGCUAGAGGGGUGACUACCCGAGGUGGGGGAGAAGGAUUGGAGAAAUUGGCAGUGUCCCAAUGGGUACCUCAGAGGGGUGUCCUCCCUCCAGCCCCUGGCCUUGAUAGCUCUGUUUGGAUUGUAGAGGGAGACACAAGAGAAAAGAUAGCUGUUAAUUAAGCAACAACUCAUUAAAACGAUCCCAAACUUUACAAUUUACCCCAAAAGUUAUCA